AUUUUUUGCAUUCGGAUAGGAUACACAGUGGGCAAAUCACUGAAAACAGAGUAUAUAGAUUAGAAGUAAUGAUACACAUAAUCGACCAAAUCAUCAUUAUUAGUAAAAGAAAAAUAUUAGUCCUAAUUAUUGGUUUUAGGAUCUUUUUUAGUUUGAAUUUCCAAAAAGGUAUUUAUAGCUAUCGGCAGCCACUGUAUAUAUUAACUGUUGAGCACUUUAACGUGAAAAAGGGGAGAACUUUUUAAGACAACAUCUCAAAUUAUAUUCCGGCAGCAAACAGAUAAAACAACAAUUACUGCUUUGCGGAGCAAACAUAAGCCAGGAAAAGAGGAUGAAGAAGGACAAGGCCGUUGCAAUUUUUGAUUGCCCUAAUACCGGGCAUGAACACGAUUACGACGGUUAUGGUGACGAUGAAGAUUUUGAUGAUGAGGCACUUUCUGGGACGAGAUCAAGAAGGCCCACAAAUGGCAGAGCAGUUGUUCGAGUUCCCAGUCGAAGCGGCUCUUCUAAAUACGACUUCGUUAAGGUUAAGGUAUGGCUAGGUGAUAAUGCGGAUCACUAUUACGUCCUCUCCAGAUUUUUGCUUAGCAGAAUGCUCACUGUUACUAAGAUUCCUAAUCACGUCGCUAUCAAGAUUGCUCUCGAACUCAAGAAGCUCCUCAUAGACAAUAGCCUAUUGGAUGUUUCCCAGUCUGAUCUGGAAGCAAACUUGUUUAAGCUAAUGGAAAGGCGUGGUUAUGGAGCAGAGUACAUUAACCGAUAUAAGAUGAUGACAAGAUUUCAUCAUCAGAGAGUACCUCUUGUUAUUCUCGUCUGUGGUACUGCAUCUGUGGGGAAAUCUACCAUUGCUACUCAACUUGCACAAAGGCUAAACUUGCCAAAUGUUUUGCAGACAGAUAUGGUUUAUGAGUUGCUGCGUACAUCAACCGAUGCACCAUUGGCAUCAUCUCCAGUUUGGGCACGGGAUUUCAACUCUCCAGAGGAACUAAUUACUGAAUUUUGUAGAGAGUGCAGAAUUGUUAGGAAAGGUUUGGCUGGUGACUUGAAGAAAGCAAUGAAAGAUGGAAAACCAAUCAUCAUUGAGGGAAUGCAUUUGGAUCCGAGUAUAUACCUCAUGGAUGAAGAGAGCAAGUCACCUAGUCAGACACAAACAAAAGGGGAAGAGGCAAACCCAUCAGAUCUUGGUGGGAAGAAUGAAACACAAGCUUUGAAUACUUCCAGUGAUCCACUAACCUGUAAGGGGGAAGAUAUUGAUUACUCCCAUAACAGCAAACAAUCAGGGGCAGAAGUAUGUGCUGACCAGUUGAAUAAAGUUACUAAGCUUCUAGAAUCUGUUGAUAUAGUUGGAGCUACUCCUGGGGAAAAAGGUGAUACCAUCAAAGCUCCAGCAGCAGAUAAAAUCUCUUCUGCUAAAAAAGAUAAAUCUGGUGCUGAACCAAUAAUCAUCCCUAUAGUCCUAAAAAUGGCUGAAUUUGAUCAUAAGGCUUUACUGGAGGAAUGGAUUUCCACCCAUACAAACGUUGACAAAUAUCAGAUCCAGGAUAAAGACAAGUUAGUAAGCAACUUGAAGACAAUUCAGGAUUAUCUUUGUUCAUUUAAGUCCCGGGGCUUGACUGUUGUCAACAUAUCAGCUACAACGUUCCCUCAGACACUAGAUUGGCUACACAAUUACCUCCUUCAGUGCAUCGAGCAAGGCAUAAUUGAAGAACCUUCUGGAAAAUAGAUCAUUCUCUGUCACUUAAAUCAGGUAUCUUAUGCCUUGACACCCUUUUCUUGCUGCAUAGGUACGGUAAUUUUGGUUGUAGUUGGAAUGAGAAAUGAUUAUGUUGAUGUUUACUUGGCGGGAGAAUAAUAAAUUCUCUACAAGUGUCAUCUUUGCAGAUCAAUGGUGUGCAAAGAAACGUAAAUCUUGCAGGGUUAAUUAAUUGAAUUCACAAGCGAGUGCUAUAAUUUCGUCUAAUUAGUAUGUUUUCUGAUCUUGUAUCAGCUGGAUAGUGCUGUCAGCUGUGGACAACGAGUUACGGGGAUGGUAGUGGCUUACGGUUAUGCCAUUAGCAUUCUACUAUACACGCCUAGAAUAAUAGCAACAGUUGAAACCCCAGAGCAUGGCCUUAAAAUCAAAGGAUGUAUAUUUCAUUUUUCCUUUAAUGGGGGUGUCAAUAUUGUAUGUAUAUUUAGUACGAGUGAUUUCUGGUAUUUUCAUGUGAACCAUUUUUUUUUGGUACCAUCAGUUUUUGUAACUUAAAAGAAUGUAUUCUGGGAUCGGAGAUCCAUUCCGAUGGUUCCCUCUCAAGUCAAUCUUCCAUUGUAUUGGGAAACAUUCGGGAUCCAGUUUUCAGAUUGGCGUGCUAACUCCAAAUAGCAUUUGAUCCUGGCUCUGCUCGAUCUCCUUUUUGUAUCUUCAUGAAAAUUGAACCAACAAUAGGAAUCAAUGGUAGGAAAAGACAAAAAAAAAAAAUGCCCCUUUUUUUGGCUCUAAAAUUGGAAGAGUCUAUCUAGGUUGCCGAGUAGAACAAAAUUUGUCACGGUUUAAUUACACAGAUUGUAGUCAUACCCAAACAGAAAGAUCGCCUGUUAGAAAACACUAGAAAAUAUUGUGUGCUUUGUUUUUUUCUGGGGAACUACACACUACAUAUGUUCAAAGAAAUGUACAGAGGACCUAUUAUGGCUGGUAAAAUUCAGGCAAGGAUGACCUAAAUCUCAUCGUCCCAAAGAUCUUGAAUGGUCCGAUAGGGACUUGUGGUUUGAUUAGUGAGAAAUUCUCCCCUCAUUAUCUUCCACUCUUCCAUCCUCUGAAUUUCCAACAUGUCAUACUCGUCCAAUUCCACCUCAAUGGCUCCAAUGUUCUCUUUCAUUCUUCUCUGAUUAAAGCUCUUCACUAUCACACUCACUCCUCUUGACAUCCCCCGUGCCAGCGCUACUUGUGCCGGAGUUGCAUCGUGUUUCAGGGCAAUGGAUUUCACUACCGGAUGACCCACCACCGCCGUUGAUCCCCAAUAAUUUCCGGGCCCGCCCAGCGGAGAAUAAGCACUCACGUGGAUACGGUGUCUCCGGCAAAACUCCCGGAGCUUCCUCUGCCUCCACAUCGGGUGCAUUUCCACCUGAUUUACCGCCGGCGGAACGGUGGCGAAACAGAGGAGUUGUUGAAGCUUUGAUGUGGAGAAAUUGCUGACCCCGAUACACCGGCACAAACCCAUUGCCAGGCAUUGUUCCAUCCAGUACCAAGUGUUCUCCAUGUCUAGAUCGUCGAAAUCGGAUUCCUCCGGCACCGGGUUGUUGACGCCGGGUUUCAAUUUCACGGGCCAAUGGACCAAGUACAUGUCAAUGUAGUCCAAACCAAGCUCGUCAAGUGUUUGUUUAAGUGCCGAAACGGGAUCGUGGUGAUCACUGCUCCAUAAUUUUGAGGUCACGAAAACAUCUUUCCUUUGGAUCACCCCGUCAGCAAUGGCUUCUGUUAAUGCUUUUCCUAACGCCGGCUCCGACCCAUAUAUCUUUGCGGUAUCAAAAUGCCUGUACCCCAUCUGUUACCACCAUCAAAAGUAUGUAUAAAUUAGCUUAAAUUCCCAAACAUGGAGAUGGAAAGCAGGAUUGAAUACAAGGUUGAAUAAUUAAGUGGAAGUAGUAAGUUACCUUAAGUGCCUGUCGGACGGCAAGCUGGGUGAUCUCUCCGUCAUUGUCGUCGGAGUACGUUCCGAAACCAACCACCGGCAUCUUUACUCCAUUGUUCAAUCUCACCAUCCUCAUCCUGUUCCUCAUUUUGGUUUUGUUUUUCUCUUCUGAUGAAAUUUGAAUUCUAAAGCUGCUUAAUGUUUCUUUCUUUUUUUCUUUUUUUUUUUUGUCUUUCUCUUGGUCUCACUUAUGGAUGAAGUUUGCUCUCCAAUCCCAGGUUAUAUAUAUAUAUAGG